CGGGGGGGUCGGGUUAGGCUGGCCGUGGUGCAGUCUGCGCUGCUGUCUCGCCCCUGCUCCUCAGGAUUCCGGCUUGAGCGGCAGUGGCCACCCGAGGCGAGAGUCCGAGGAGAGGCCUCGGCAGCCGAGCGGCCGCGACCGUCCAGCCGCCGGGAAGAGUGAUAUCCUGGGAGAAGAUGGGAAAGGGCUGCAAAGUUGUGGUUUGUGGCUUGUUAUCUGUGGGGAAAACAGCAAUUUUGGAGCAGCUCCUUUAUGGGAAUCAUACUAUUGGAAUGGAAGACUGUGAAACACUGGAAGAUGUGUACAUGGCCUCAGUGGAAACAGAUCGGGGAGUAAAGGAACAGUUACACCUUUAUGAUACUAGAGGCCUACAGGAAGGCGUGGAGCUGCCAAAGCAUUAUUUUUCAUUUGCUGAUGGCUUUGUUCUUGUGUACAGUGUGAAUAACCUUGAGUCCUUUCAAAGAGUGGAGCUUCUGAAGAAAGAAAUUGAUAAGUUCAAAGACAAAAAAGAGGUAGCAAUUGUUGUAUUAGGAAACAAAAUUGACCUUUCUGAGCAGAGACAAGUGGAUGCUGAAGUGGCACAGCAAUGGGCAAAAAGUGAGAAGGUGCGGCUGUGGGAGGUCACAGUGACAGACCGGAGAACUCUGAUUGAGCCAUUCACUCUGUUAGCCAGCAGACUUUCCCAGCCCCCAAGCAAAUCAGGCUUCCCUUUGCCUGGGAGGAAAAACAAAGGGAACGCUAGCUCUGAGAACUAAGAAGCGGUGACAUCUCACUGUUCAAUAGUGACUGCCUUUCAGAGUCUGUGAACAUACUUAAAAUGGUCCUUAGGAAACCCCUAAGGAAGUAAUUUAAUGCACUUUAGGUUGUAACUAAAUUAUUUGGGCUAAGUUUAUUAUUAUUGUGUGGUAAAAUAUUUUCAUUUUCGUUACUUGAAACUUGUCCCUGAAAAUAGUACCUUUGUUCUUUAUAUUUUUGUUGCACUUCUCAAAACAGUAAUAAGUUUGGGUGGAAUGCAGAUGUACCUAUGAGUAACUCCCCACUAACCCGUUGCGGAAGCUGCUAUUUCUGUGUAACUUUAUAUAAACUUCCUAGCUCAACCAUAACUUCAUUUUUAAGAAGUUCAUUAAGCAUCUGUGGGAUUACAAAAUGACAUGUUUUUGUGCACCCAAAUUGGAUCACAAACAGUAAACAAUCUAUAAGCAAGCUAAAUUUUAUUUUGUGGAGCUCCUGCUACACAGAACAAAUCCUAUGAAAAGCUUUCAUUUUCCACAAAGAAUACUAUACCUUCUGGAACAGAUUUCUGGAUAGGUAGUCCUGUGGAAUAAAAUGUAUCAUAAAAGUAUUGCAUGAUAGGUAGCCUUCAAGAUAAUCUACCUUAUCUGCACUUGUGCUAUGAUUUUAAUUGUGUUUAGCAAGGAAUUUUAAAACAUCUAUAGAUUUUAACAUCAAGCAACACUUGAAGCUCAGUUGGCUCAGUUCAGUGAGUUCAAGUCAAGUACUACUGUAUAUGAAAGCUGUAAAUAAAACUUACAAAUCAGCAAGUGCUACUGUAGAGUUCUUUAAAAAUCUCUCAUCACAAAUACAUUUUUUUGGUCAAAAAAUUAUCACUUAACAUAUGCUAACAUCCUUCCCGUUCUUCUCUUCCAGUUUGUAUUGAUCCAGCUUUUUUCCUAUGUAUCAUCUGACUUUUAAAUAAAACACUACAUCCAGCAGUUUGCUUUUUCCUAAUAAAUUCAACUUAGAUCUGUUA